AUGUACGGCGUGGUUCAAGUCCACCAGUCGCGGCUCGACCCCCUCCUCGACGCCUUGAAGAGGCUGCGCGAGGAAGGCCUGACAGCCGCUCUCAUCCUCUCGGCGGUCCAUUAUCGGAGGGGUUCAAUUGAUGUUCGGUCUUCGAGGCCUCCGGUAAAGGAGGACGAGGUCAACCGUGACAAGCGGCGAGAGUCUGCUGAAAAGCAGAAGUUGAAGCGGACGCUCGAGGAGGCCCAGCCCUCGAUGGCUAAAAGGCUCAAGGCGGGAGCGGCCUCCAAAGAAUCAGGUUCCCCCGAUCCCUGGCCGUCAACUGGUGCCGAGGACGCCCCGCCUCGCCCCAUGGUGGGGGAGCCCAUUCCGCCAUCGCUGAGGCGGGUCGAGGUGACUCGCCCCCAAGAGCAAGAGGGAGCCCCCGAGCCUCCCCGAUCUGGGGUCGAGGGGGACCCUAUCACAAUAAGCGACGGGUCUGGCGGCGACGGGCCUUCGAAGGACGCCCGCCCUAUGGACGAGGGGGCCGAGACUUCUCUGGUCGCGAAGCGGACGCCAUGGCCCGUCGGGCUUCGCUCCGUCGAGGAGCAAAGAAAGAAGGAGGAAGAGGAGCGCGAGCAGGAGACGCGACAACAGCCGCAGGAGGGGCAGCAGCCAGAGAGUCCCCAGCUCGAUGAGUUGCUGGAGCAGGACCGGCAACAGGAGCUGCGGCAGCUCCAGGAGCAGCAGCAGCAGAGGGGCAAGCAGUUGGAGGAACUGCUCGAACCUCCCUUUCACGGCCCGCCCCACCCAGUGCCAGCAGCGCCGUAA